AUGGAGUCCGUAGAAAGUAGUGACCAAGUCGAGCCAAGUGUCUCUACCAUGUUGAUGAAUUUUGACAACGAGUUCGAUCCUUAUGAUGCACUGAGCACACCUCUAUACCAGACAGCAACUUUCAAGCAGCCUUCGGCGAUAGACAAUGGGCCAUAUGAUUAUACAAGAAGUGGAAAUCCGACUAGGGAUGCCCUCGAAAGACUCCUUGCAAAACUUGAUAAAGCCGACCGAGCACUAUGCUUUACUAGUGGAAUGGCUGCUUUGUCAGCAGUUACACAUCUUCUUUCAACCGGUGAGGAGAUUAUUGCUGGAGACGACAUGUAUGGUGGUUCUGAUCGUUUGUUGUCGAAAGUAACUCCAAAAUCUGGAAUUGUGGUUAGGCGUGUGGAUACAACAAACUUGGAAGAAGUUGCAUCAACCAUAAGCCCCCGAACAAAGCUGGUCUGGUUAGAGAGUCCUACAAACCCUCGACAGCAGAUUUCGGAUAUUCGUAAAAUUGCCGACAUGGCGCAUGCUCAUGGUGCCCUUGUGCUGGUAGAUAAUAGCAUCAUGUCUCCUGUGUUGUCUCAACCACUGGAGCUUGGGGCUGAUAUUGUGAUGCACUCAGCUACAAAAUUCAUAGCUGGCCACAGUGACCUCAUGGCUGGCGUUCUUGCUAUUAAGGGACAAAGCUUGGCAAAAGACCUGUAUUUCCUACAGAAUGCAGAGGGCUCGGGUUUAGCCCCGUUUGACUGCUGGCUUUGUUUAAGAGGCAUCAAAACUAUGGCCCUUCGUAUCGAGAAGCAACAGCAGGAUAAUGCACAAAAAAUAGCUGAAUUUCUCGCCUCUCAUCCACGGGUGAAAAAAGUCAAUUAUGCCGGUCUUCCUGAUCAUCCUGGAAGAUCCUUACACUAUUCACAGGCAAAAGGUGCAGGUUCCGUGCUUAGUUUCUUAACAGGAUCACUCGCACUCUCUAGGCAUGUGGUAGAGAAGACCAAGUAUUUCAGCAUUACAGUCAGUUUUGGAAGCGUGAAGUCACUCAUAAGCUUGCCUUGCUUCAUGUCCCAUGCAAGUAUACCAGCAGCCGUACGAGAGUCGAGAGGCUUGACAGAAGAUCUUGUUCGUAUAUCUGUCGGGAUCGAGGAUGUGAACGACUUGAUUGCCGAUUUAGAUGUGGCCCUGAGAAGUGGGCCCAAAUAG